UUGGGCAUCUUCCUCACAAGACCUGGCAUUUCAUGCUGGAGUGACUUAAAAGGUUGUUGUCCCUCUAGCUUCUUUCUUCGGAGUGCCACCCCUGAAAUGGAAGUGGUGGACAAGGGGGUCUGUCUGCCCUCAAGCAUCUCCCAGCCAAGUGUAUUAAGAUUGAUUGGUUUCACUUUCACAGCACCAGACUGUGAACUGCAGCUGGGAAGAGCUUUGCUUCAUGAUCUCUCUUGGAUUUAGCUGUGGCGGUUGAAGGGGUGAUUGCCAGUAGCUGUAAUCUCUUUAGUCAUUGCUGCUAAAUCCAAUCAGAAUCAUGAAUUGGAUCACACAGAAAUCAUUUAAUGCCUAAGUGUGCAUUCCACAUUGAUUUAAAGUAAAAGCAACAUAACAAUUCCUAUCAUUACGUUUAGAGUACAUGUGAACAGACUUUUUUUUUUAAUGAACAAACUUAUUUAUUGCUGAAGCAGAUUGUGGGGAGGGGGGUUAAAUAUGUAGUUUCAGUACAAACAAUAGGAAAUUAAUUUAUUUGGAGCACUUGUAGGGGGAUAAAAAUACUGUGUUUAGUACCUGCUUGUCACAGAUACUUUCUCUGUACAGUAUCUAGCAAAAUGGAUUCUGAUAUGGACUAAGCUGACUAGGACUCCUAACCGCUUUAGUAAUACAAAUAAGUAACAAUCAUAACUUACAUUUAGGACAACUGUACAUUGCCUAAGAAGCAUAAGGUGUUUCUAGGCAAUGCAGAAAUAAUCUACGUUUGCUUCCAGAUUCUUUUGCAAGGCAAAAAGUUAUAGAAAUAAAUUAUCAUAGAAUCGUUAGUUUAACUAAAUGCUCAAAAACCUCUAAGAAAUAUUUCUGAGGAUGUGAUAUAUGUGGCAUAUUUAUUUUGUCUGUUUUCCCCUGUUAGAAAAUAAAUAUCUUUGUCAUUUCCAUUCAACUUUUAAAUAACGUGAGUUAAAAAAAGAAGCAGUUAUCCUUAAGCUGCAGUGACCUAAUUUGUUGUGUCAUAACCCACAUGUUCUGUUGUUUAUUUUUGUGAGCUUAUAUUCCUUUUAAAAAGAAGUUUAUGGAGAGUUAUGAGCAGCUUUUAAGUUUUGUAAUAGGUCUUGAGCUUAUUUUGUCUCACAUAUUAAUUUACGGGGUUUUUGAACCUUUAUUUUUCUGUAGAAUUGUUAAAAAGUUUGACCUGGUCUUAAAAACUAGAGGGGAAACUUGUGAAAAGACAGUAUCUCUGAAAAUACAGGCAGCUAUUCAAACAGUUCUGUUUGUAGAAAUAGACCCUUAGAAAUAGACCCUUUUUCAUCCUCGAAUAAACAAACAAGCAAAUCUUUGUGUGUGGCAUGGAAUUGACCAACUAGGUUUGGUUUGUAUUUAAAACAAAAAAAUUACCUAACUGAGAGACCAGAGUAUUCUGGAACUAAUGUUACCAACUCGUAGCUGAAAUAACCGGACGUAUUCAACAAAUUCCUUAAGCAAAAUUUGAGCAAAUAAAUAAUUCCAUUUAUUUCAGUAAGAUGACCCAUAUGCUUAAAGUUUAGGCUUGUAUUUAAGUACCUUUCUGAAUUUGACUCACUGUCUGUUUAGUUAUAUGCCUAACUCUGUUCCUAUUUACAAGGGCAUUUAAGCAUCUCUUAAGUUCAUCUGCUUAAGUGCAUACUGAAUUUUUUGUAAGUGCAUACUUUAAAUUAGGCAUAUACUUAUGUACAUUAUUGAGUAUAUCUAAAUUAUAAUGCAGCUGUACUGUUUUAGGAGCCAUUUCUGUCCUUGGAUUUACUUAAGCAAUGUCUCUUGACCAUGUGGAAUUUUGCGUGAAUAUCCAGUUAAUUGCAAGAUGCAAGAUUCAGGAUAAAGUCUGGUUGCUAAUGGUCUGUUCAUCAAUCAUUGAAAAACAUUUAAGUACUUUGAUUUUCAGAAGAACUCAUAUAUAAUUGUAUGCCUAAUUUGCAUGCACAGUUAUUUUAAUUGUAUAUUCAGAAGCCUGUUUAGCUACACAGUAGGCAGGAUAUGCAGCAAAGUACUUGAUUUCUUGUGAGCAGUCAGGCAAACCCAAUAUACCUGCCAUUGCAUGCCUGACUUCAAAAUGAGACCAGUAAAGAGCUGUAUCAGUGCUGAAUAUUGUGAUGAUGACUCAAAUUCAUGCAUGUUUUUAAGAAAAGCAAUGGAAGAUAUUAUUGCACAGUUAAUUCUUAAGUGCUAAUGAUUUUACUAUUUUUCUCCUUUAGAUAGCAAGUGAUUUGGUUUGUUACAUGUUAAUGACCAAGGUGUCUCAAAACUCAAUGUAAAAUAAAAUAGCUGUCUGUAAAUAGGUGUCAUGAGACAAAAGUUGGUACUGUUACUUUAUCUUUUCUCUUCCACCCCUGUUACAUUUAAAUUAAUUUUCAUUUAUUUUGUCCUUUGGGCUUAUCUAACUGUAAUCCAAUCCCGGGAUGCAGAUCUGUAGAACAGGUUUGCAGCACUUCUUUCGUUGUUUAAGUAGCAUGAUUCCUGUGGGGUUUAGUGGAACUCGUAUAGUUAAAAAUGGACAGUGUUUUGCAGUUUAUCUCAUACUUUGUUUUUUGAUAAAAAUACAGAUACAUUCAUGUUAAAUUCCUGGGGUUAGGGGUUUAUAGUGAAAUCAUAUUAUUUGAAUCAAAACACUAGAAGGCACUGGCUUAGUAUUUGUAGAUACCUUGACUUUUAAAACAAUGUUUAAAUAAAAAGCAUUUUUAUUAGUAAAGUGCAUGAGAUAAUACCAAAAGGCUCAAUUAGAUAGAAUAUAUACAGUUACAUCUGCAGUUUUGAGUAUGUCUUGGAUAUCUAGUAUAAUUAGAAUUUCUUUCUGCAAUUUUUCAGUUCAGUGUUUAGUGUUUGUACCACUUUAAAUCCCAUUGCAUUUGAAAUUUAAUAUGUAUAUUUAUUAAACUUUUUAACUCUUGAAUCACUUAAAUCUUGGAGGGUUUUUUGGUUAAUUUAGCAGUCAAUUGUAACUAACUUUGAAUGAAAACUACAUUUAGUUCAGAUUAGAUACUACUUAAGUUAUGAACAUGACAGGGAGAGUAUAAUGUGAUUGAAAUAGUAGAAAAUGCUUAUUUUAGGAAAAUAUCCCCUGCUUACCUGAUCAGGUAUGAUUUUCUUCUAUCUCAGUAAAUUUACAGCUAAUUUGUCAAAGUUUCAGAUAAACUGAGAUGACCUAGAGUGAAGGACAGUAUGGGUCUAAACUUUUUUGCCCUUCCCCCCCCUCCCCAAGUUCACUCGUAGUAUGGAUUGUGUGGAGUCACAGUAGCUUUUAUUUUAUUUUUAUUUAUUUUUACAGCGAAAGUAGGUAGCAUCACAGAAAGAAAAAGCACAGAUUUCCAUUAGCACGUACUUUGUUUUUUUUUCUUUUUUUUUCUUUUACUGAUUUGGUUAUUUGCCAUUUCUGGGGAUUAAACUUUAAAAAAUGUUCUUCUUUUCUGUAUCUGAUGUUCUGUGUGCUAUUAGUGAUGCAGCCAACACGAACGGUUGUCAUGUGUAAAACAACUUUCGAUCACCGCGAAAACACCGUCCUGGGAAAGCGUCCAUGCUUGAUAUCGUUUGGUUCAUGAACAUUAAGUUUCCAGUACAGGUAAAAUCCCAGAUGAAGCCAAAGCCCUUUCUUUAUUGGCACCUGCUCCUACUAUGACGAGCCUGAUGCCUGGUGCAGGGUUGCUCCCUAUACCUACACCAACCCCUUUGACUACACUUGGUGUCUCACUCGGCACUUUGGGGGCUAUACCAGCAGCAGCACUGGAUCCUAACAUUACAGCGCUGGGAGAAAUACCACAGCCACCAAUUAUGGGGAAUGUGGACCCAUCCAAAAUUGAUGAAAUCAGGAGAACAGUCUAUGUUGGAAACUUGAAUUCACAGACUACAACAGCAGAUCAGCUGCUUGAAUUCUUUAAGCAAGUUGGAGAAGUCAAAUUUGUGCGAAUGGCAGGUGAUGAGACACAGCCAACACGAUUUGCUUUCGUGGAGUUUGCAGACCAAAAUUCUGUUCCUCGAGCUCUUGCCUUUAAUGGAGUUAUGUUUGGAGACAGGCCAUUGAAAAUAAAUCACUCCAAUAAUGCCAUAGUGAAGCCUCCUGAAAUGACACCACAAGCUGCUGCCAAGGAACUUGAAGAAGUGAUGAAGAGAGUAAGGGAAGCCCAGUCUUUCAUAUCUGCUGCUAUUGAGCCAGAGUCUGGAAAGAGCAGUGAAAGAAAAGGCGGUCGAUCUCGUUCCCAUUCUCGUUCAGAAUCCAGGUCUAGUUCAAAAUCCCGAUCUAGAAGGAAAAGAUCACACUCAAAGCACAGAAGUAGAUCUGGCAAUAGAUCACUGUCAAGACACAAGGACAGACGGAGAUCCAGAAGUCCCCUGAAAAAACGGUCUAGAUCUAGAGAAAGGCGGAAAUCAAGAAGUCGUUCUCCUUCUCGGGACAAGAAAAGAGACAAAGAAAAGGUCAAGGAGAAAGAAAAGGCCAAAGAAAAGGAGAAAGAAAGAGACCGAGACAAGGAGAAAGAGAGAGACCGAGACAGAGAGAAAGAAAGAGAGCGAGAUAAAGAGAGAAACAGGGAUAAGGACAAGGAGAAGGACAGAGACAGAGAAAAAGAGAGAAACAAAGAUCGAGAGAGAGUCAGAGAUAAGGAUAGGGAUAGAGACCGGGAAAAGGAGAAGGACAAAGAUAAGGACAGGGACAAGGAAAGGGAAAAGGACAAAGAUAGGGACAAGGAAAAAGAUAGGGAAGAGGUAGACCAGAACAAAGAAAAAGAAGGAGAUGCUGAGAAAGAGGGGGAGAAGGACAGAGAGAAGGUGAAGGACAAAGAGGGAGAUAAGGACAAAGGAGGGGACAAAGAGAAGGACAGAGACAAGGAAAAGGAAAAAGAUGGGGAGAAGGAGCGAGAAAGAGAAAAAGAAAGAGAUGAUAAAAAGAAGAAAGAGAAGAGAUCCAAAACACCUCCAAGAAGCUAUAGCUCUUCAAGAAGAUCUCGUAGCUCCAGCAGAGAAAGGCGUAAAAGGAAGAGCAGAAGUCCCUCCAAGUCUCCUAAAACAUCCAAAACAACAAAAAGAAAGUCUUCACGAACUCCCUCUCCAAGAAGUAGGAACAAGAAGGAAAAAAAAAGAGAAAGGGAUACAAAUAAUGAAAGAAGAGAAAGAGAACGCUCCACCUCCAAGAAAAAAAGUAGCAAAGAAAAGGAGGGAAAGGAAAAAUCUGACAAAAGCACUGCUACUUUGAAGGACAAAGAUCACACUAAGGAGGAUCAGAAUGCUGAAACUGAAAAGGAAGUAGACAACAGAGACAUACAAAGGACAGAUGAAGUCAAACUACAACAGAAUGGGAACUGUCAACCAAAUGAAGAAAACCUCUCAGUUAAAAUGGAGGAGGUUUAAAGCAAAGAAUGGACCUCUGACUCAACUAAGGAGUGAAAUCCAAAGCUUUUUAUUUCCCAGAAUGAGGAAGAAAAUGUCAAAGCAAUCAACUUGAACAUGUUGAUAAUGUACUAGUAGCUCUUCCAAUUUUUGUGAUAGCUUUGUUGUCCUCUUGCUGUAAGCAAGAGAGCACGGACCAGUAGUUAUACCAUGAAAAGGCAGAUGCCAUCAGAACUAUUCAUCUCUGAAAAUUCAUGCAUUUCUGUGAUGGCUGUACUUAUUUGUAAAAUGAUUUACGUUAAGUUUUGCCAUAAGCUGUUACAAAUAAGUAGAAACUCAAUGAUGUAAACCUGUACUAUCCGAAAAAGCUGAAGAUAUGCAUUGAAGGUUGUUUAAAAUAUUGCUUGUUGAUGAAUUUUGUAUUGUUUUACCUUGUGGGUUAAAAAAGAAUCCACAAAAACUUCAACGUGUACUGUUUGAUGUGCUUGGAAAUGGUGCAUAAAUAUACACACUUUCUUUUGUUGUAAAUGACAACUAUAGAAAAAGGGUUUUUAAACAUAAACAGUUUUACAGUUCUUAUGUUAAAUGCCCACUGACUAGUACAUUUUUCAUUUGCUCACUGCUUGAGAUUUUUGGGUAUUAUUAUUUAAAAUAAUUUCUUACUAAUAUCCCUAAAAUGAGUAUUUCUUUUAAAGUAUUUGAACAAUGCAUGCUACUUUUCUGAUCCUAAAAGGAACAUUGCCAUGUUAUAGAUGAUAGGUUAGCUUUACUGGGUUAUUUUGGGGUUGUUUUAUUUUGUUGUUUUCUUUUGUCCUUCCAGAAGUGAGCACAUCUGUAUGAUAUUAUCAGAACUUACAGCUUUGUUUUGAGCCGUAGUGCAGUGUGUCUGUUCAGCUGCAAAUAGUACAGGUGCCAUUAUGAAAGUAAAUUUUCUCAUUUGUUUAAAAAAAAAAUAUGGGAGCACAAGCAGAAGCUUUAGUGCCUUCUUAAAAUGUGGUAUUUUCUAGAAAUGUAUAUGUGCUAUUACUCAUCUUCAGCUAAAUCUUACAUGAUCUCUAUUGCUAUUUUGCCACCACCAUACUGUAGAUAAGAAUGCAAGUGGUAUGUCAGAACAGUUGUUUGAUUCACUUGUCAAAAUACUGAAGCUCCAUUUUUGCUUUUAUUUUUUAGAAGAGAUUUAUAGAUGAAAGCAAAAAUGCAUUUUGGGGACCACCACUGUACAAAAGUAGUAGCUGAAUAAAAAGCAUUCUCUUAUCACCUACAUCAAAGACAGCCCUUUAAACACUUAAUCUACAUUUGGAUGGCCUUAAUUGUUAACCUCUCCAUCAUUUUCUCUUAUACCUGUUGGGUGAUACAAAAGGAAUUGUAUGCAAAGCUUCGGGGGGAGAAAUAGUUUGGAAAAAAUGAUCUAAUUUACACAGGAGUUAUAUGGUAGAGAUUUUUUUUCAUUCUUUGGGGAGAAAACGUUAGAAGAGAAUGUCACAAAGCAAAUAUUUUGUCAAGUAAAAACAUGGCUUGUGUUCUCUGAAUGAAUUCCAUUAGUUUCAUCGUUGUGACAUUUCUUAAGAGUCAUACCUUUAAAACUUACUUAUACCUAAAAUCAAGUAGAUUAUUUUUAAUACAACUUAAUACAAUCAAAUGACUUAAUUGCCUUACCUCAUGGGAAGAGUUGUGUCUGCCAGUUUAAAAAAACUGAAUAGCAUAUUAGUUACUUGCUUUCAAUUUGAUUUUUUUUUUUUCCCCUUUGCAUAGUUAAUUCUUAUAAAAAUGUAAACAUAUUACAGGGAAUGAAAAAUUGCCCAGUUCAUAAGGUAAUGAAACCCAGUUUGAUUGUGAAGCUGCUUAAUCACUCUUCAUUUUUGAUUGGAUUUAAUGUUUCUUGCCACUGUGUACAUUUAAGACUAUAGAAAAUGCUUUACCAUGUAAAGUAUAGACAGUCAUUUUUGUGAUGUUUAAGCCACAUGCUGUUGGCUGGUAAACAGCUUAUUCUGAUAAAAGAAUGACAAAUCUGUAUGCUUAUAGAAAGACUGUGAAGGAUUGUGUCUUGCAACAACAGCUGUCUUAUUUAUGAUGUGUAAGUAGCAUAGAGCAAAGAGAUUGUUUGUAUACUUGUUAUCUUUGGUACCAUUUCACUAAUAAAAUUAAGUAUUUUAGAGGGAA